CUUUCCGUCUGAAUAUCUCUUUCUCUGAGCGCAUGAGACUCGAAAGGUUCUCUUCUAGAAACCUGAGCACAGAAGUCACCCAAACGAGAGGCGAUACCUCCCCCCUCGGAACAUGGCUACGAUCGUAACCUCCACCAGAUUCACAGAUGAAUAUCAGCUGUACGAAGAGCUCGGAAAGGGUGCCUUUUCAGUGGUCAGGAGAUGCGUAAAAAAAUCAACUGGCCAGGAAUAUGCUGCUAAAAUUAUUAACACAAAAAAACUUUCUGCAAGAGAUCAUCAAAAACUGGAACGCGAGGCCCGGAUCUGUCGCCUGCUCAAACACCCGAACAUCGUCCGACUCCACGACAGCAUCUCGGAAGAAGGCUUCCACUACCUGGUGUUUGACCUUGUCACCGGCGGGGAGCUGUUUGAAGACAUCGUCGCCAGAGAGUAUUACAGCGAAGCUGAUGCAAGCCAGUGCAUCAGUCAGAUCCUGGAAAGCGUGAAUCACAUCCACCAGCAUGACAUUGUGCACAGGGAUCUCAAACCAGAGAACCUGCUCCUGGCCAGCAAGAUGAAAGGGGCGGCGGUCAAGCUGGCGGAUUUUGGCCUGGCCAUCGAGGUGCAAGGCGACCAGCAGGCAUGGUUUGGUUUCGCGGGCACGCCCGGCUACCUCUCCCCCGAGGUCCUGAGGAAGGACCCCUACGGCAAGCCCGUGGACAUCUGGGCCUGCGGUGUGAUUCUGUACAUUCUGCUGGUGGGCUACCCUCCCUUCUGGGAUGAAGACCAGCACAAGCUCUACCAGCAGAUCAAGGCAGGGGCGUACGACUUCCCGUCUCCUGAGUGGGACACGGUCACCCCCGAGGCCAAGAAUCUGAUCAACCAGAUGCUGACCAUCAAUCCGGCCAAGAGGAUAACCGCUGAACAGGCCCUCAAGCACCCCUGGGUCUGCCAACGCUCCACAGUCGCCUCCAUGAUGCAUCGCCAGGAGACCGUGGAGUGCCUGCGAAAGUUCAACGCCCGCAGGAAGCUGAAGGGGGCCAUUCUCACCACCAUGCUGGUGUCCAGGAACUUCUCAGUGGGCCGGCAGCAUACCAGCCCUGCUGCCGCCACCACCAGCACUGCCGCGCUGGCACAGGAAGCCUGCAAAAGCUUGUUAAACAAAAAAGCUGAUGGUGUGAAGCCGCAGACGAACAACAAUAAAAACAACGUUGUAAGCAGCAACAAGGAUAGUGCAUCCACUACACCAAUGGAACCGCAGACCACUGUGGUGCACAACCCUGCCGACGGAACUAAGGGGUCCUCAGAGAGCUGUACCACCACGGAGGAGGAGGAAGUGAAAGGUAGGAAAGCGGCGGGUGCCGGCCGCGCGGCCAGCAGCGACAGCACGGUGCUGAGCCAGUGCAGCGGGAAUGAGGGAUCGCCCCAGGGCCCGCCCACCUCUGUCCCUCUGCAAAAUAAAAAGCGCAUGGCUUGGAACAGCACAGGACACUCCUGCCCUGAUCUUGAGCGUGCUUCGAGCACGCCCCCCGCUGCGCCCACAGGGGGCAGCGCCGCGCCGCAGUCUCGUAAGCAGGAGAUCAUUAAGAUUACGGAGCAGCUGAUUGAAGCUGUUAAUAAUGGGGACUUUGAGGCGUACACGAGAAUCUGCGAUCCUGGGUUGACCUCUUUCGAACCGGAAGCACUUGGAAACCUGGUGGAGGGCAUGGACUUCCACAAGUUCUACUUUGAGAACCUUCUGAGUAAAAACAGCAAGCCGGUGCACACCACCAUCCUGAAUCCGCACGUCCACCUGAUUGGGGAGGACGCCGCCUGCAUCGCGUACAUCCGCCUGACGCAGUACAUCGACGGCCAGGGCCGGCCGCGCAGCAGCCAAUCGGAGGAGACCCGCGUCUGGCACCGCCGUGACGCCAAGUGGCUCAACGUGCACUUCCACUGUUCCGGAGCCCCUGCUGCACCCUUACAGUGAUUUCACCGGGCACAGCUUGGAUUCUUGAGCUAAUCGGAGUCUUUCUUCUCCAUGGUCGAAGUGGCGACAGGGGCCUGGCUGGAUGAGACCUGUGGAAGUUUAAAAAAGGAAAAAAAAAGGAAAAAAAUUAACAACAUAAAAGCAACCAUCAGACGACCAACACCACUGAUCCAGUCCAAACCUAGAUAGACUUUGGGAGCCAGCCGUGACAGCGGCCCCGCCCUUCGGACGGUGCAUGCAUCUCUCGCCCAGAGGGGGGCGCUGUCUUGUCGUAAUUGUACGGAUCCAUCUUUUUGCCCGUUUUAAGAUGUCCAGGAGGGGUUUCGAGUGUAUAUCUACAUAUAUAUAAAUAUUAAAAAAAUAACGAAAAAAUAAAAUCUACGAGAAACUGCAGACUAAAAAGCACGUAAGUACAGAAAUAGGAGUUCCGCGCUCAUUCGAGGGGAAGUUGAAAAAAAAAAAUGUAUAUGCGCGUGCACCUCAACAGUUGAAUGCCAGGUGGCGCAAUAUUUUUUAUUGUUUAUUUUAUUCUCGAAACUUAAUACAGUGUGCGUGUUUAUAUUUUGGAUGCGAAGGUCGAGUGAAAAUGGAAAAAUCUUAAACAAGCUUAAAUACGAAACUUAAUAUCAAAAGUACAAGCACCAAAGUAUAGAUGUUAGGCAUGUCAGAUUUCUUUUUUUUUUUGCACUGUUACGUUUUUUUUGGAGGGACAGAAGGGUGUAGUGGGCGGGGGAAGUUUUUAAGUAUUUUAUUGUGUUACUGGAACUCUUGGUUUUUCUUUUUCUUUUCUUUUUUUACCACUGAAUGAUAAUGUAUUUGACAGUAUAUAGUGUUUCAAGUGAAUUAAUUUUAACAGCAAAAAGGCGGGAAGUUUUUUUUUUUAUUAUUAAUAUUUAAGCUAUAUAUACAUGUACAAUAAAUAUAUAAGGGAAGGAGGCGAAAGCGUGGCUUCGCUUUCGAGGGAGGCGGGGCUUGGGGAAAGGCGACUCGCGAUUCGCUCGCCCGAGCGCCGCUCCCUCGGGGCUGCUUGUCUUGGCUGCGUUUUUGAAAAGCUGUUUAUAAAUGUAUAUGUUUAUGAAUAUGUAUAUACAAAGGCACAAACCCACCGUGUGUGCGAGCCCCUCGCCGUUCACUGGGCACCCUCUGGCCUGCCUAACCCCCCCUUCAAAAAAAAAAUAAAAUAAAAUAAAAUAAAAAUAAAAAUCACCCCCCCCAUGCUAAACCUGAGGUUGCAGAAUGCACAUGCUGUCAGUGCUAAGAUGAAGAAAAACUGCUCCCUCACUUUUUUGGGGAGGGGGUGGGGGGGUUGGGUGGUGAGGAUCUUUGCACAGCUUCUACAGGUGGGGAUUAAACACUACCAUGGGCUUCUCUCCCACUCUCUCAUGAGUUGUAAGGGAUGGACAUCCCAAACUCCUCCCCCCCCCCCAUCUAUACGCUGGUAUAGGGACACUCCCAAUACAAAUGCUGUCCCCUCCCUUCUGCCCUCCCCACUACUUAAACCGUCUUAUUCCAAAAGAACUUCUUAAUGCUAUUUUUAAAUAUUAUUUUAAAAAAUAAUUUAAAAAAAAAAACAAACAAAAAAAAACAAUCAUUAGAUUUAAAAAUGGCCUGAACUGUUUUUGCACAAACUGGAGACUAGAUGCUGUUACGUUCACGCUGAGAGGUGAACUUUCUGCAACUUCAGGUCGUUCCCCCCCACCCCACCCCCUGCUGCCAGAUUGGGUCAGCCUGGGGAAUGGGGCGGGGCUAAGGGGGGGGGGGGGGUGUGGCCGGCUGCCUGUCCGUUUUGCCCGUGCGCCGCCCUUCUCCUUGUUCCCGCAAGUGGGCUCGCGGUCGCGUCGCGGACUUUAUCGCCACGGCGUCGCGGACCCGCCCUGUUCUCCUUCGGGGUUCCGGGCACAGCUACCGGAGCGCUAGUGGGCGUGGCCGCCUGUCACGUGACAGUCGGACGGGGGAAAGGAAGCCCCGUCGAGAGGUUGACGGUUGCCCCGGCCCGGCCUGGCCUGGCCUGGCUCCGCCCUCGCCGGAUUCUGUCAUUAACGCUGUCGUCUUUGUUACCGUGUACCUUCGUAGUGUUGUUCUUACUGUAGUGAGUCACGUGGCUGUUAUUUUACUUUUUAACUGUUACUAGAGUUGUGGGGCUGUGGAGAAGAUGGAGCUCAGGUCAGGUCACGUCCCCCCUCCUCCUGCCCUCCACCCUCGUGCUCGUACCCGAUCCCGUACCUGCACCCGCACCCGAUCCCUCAUACACGCGCACACACGAGUGUCCUUGCACGCUGCACACACACACACACAUGCUUUUUGCGGAUACACAAUCAUACUGUGCUGUAUGCUUUCACGUACCCUAUGUAUGCUGCACAUGCACACUCCCGCAAAUACACUCGCACACGCGCGCACACACACACACACACACACACGCACUUCGGACCUUAAAAGGUAAUUACCAGGACAACCAGUGGGGUUCCACAGCAUGGCGAGGAAAUGGGAAAUAUAAGCAGAAGAAUUUUCUGCUCGGUGGGGAAUGUUAACACACACAAACACACGCACACAGGCACACGCGAGAACACCCACAAGCGCGCGCACCCACAGAGAGCUCCCUUUAAACGUGCACCUGUGUUGUUCAUGGCAGUACAUCUGAAGCACCCGAAUUCUGACUUUGUCGAGUCGUUAAGUUUGUGAAGCUGUUGUGUGCGUCGAGGGGCUUCACCCCCGUCCUUGGUGUCGUGUAAACGUGUUCCAGACAUAAGACAGCAGGCAGGCAGAGGGGUUUCUCCCCUGAAGGACUCUUUUUUUUUUUGGGUGAAGGAUUAUUCGGCCCGACCCCGGCCCUGCCUGCACGCAUACGCCGUCUGCACUCGUGCGCCUCAUAACACGCCUGUCGCUCCGCGCAACAUAUCAGCACCUCUUACCGCCGCCGCCGCCACCUAGCCAUCUGCGUGAUGUACCUCUGUGAUCCUUUUUUCUUUUUCUCCCCCCCCCCCUUCCCCCCGAAAGUUUUUGACUUGCUCUAUGGGGAACUAUACUGCUUCACCUGGCCAGGUUAUAGACACCCAUCGUGCGCGCAAAGCCAGGGGUCAAGUCAUGCGAUCGACGACAAACUUCCGCACUCAAAAAAUGAAAGCAGGAAGUGUGAAAGCCAGAGGUGAGGGGAGGGGGGGUCACUAAUUCAGAAAAGGUCUUCAGAAAAUUAUACCCCCUCCUUGAACAAAAUUUCCCCAAGAUUCUUAAAAGCCACACAAUUUCACAAGAAGAAGACUAUAUAUGCAGUUUUACAAGUGGAGGAAUUAUGCAUGUCUACUUUCUGGUUAAUAUUUUUCACUGUCUGUGUUGAUUAAAAAAAAAGGUAAAAUCUGUAUGUUAGUUGCAUCUUUGAGGUAAAAAUGAAACCUGCUCCAUCUCGGAUAUAAAUGAUGUAUCAAAUUUAAAAAAGAAAAAAAGAAGAAAAAAAUAAAAGCCUUAGCUUGGUAUGUUCCCAUCCUUAUUAGUAAAUUUAUUGCAUUGUAACAGUAUAUUAUUGGGGCUACAUAUGAAUAUACUCUUUGAGUUCUAAAUUGGAUGCUGGAUUUUGCAUGAUCAUAACAAUAAAUCAUGAAUUUAAAACUAUCAAGUGUUUGAAUGUUAGUAGGUCUUCAUAAUAGCUUUGUUAUUAUUGAAACUUGGAUCUGAAAAUAUUUAAUAAAAAUGACAUUUAACAGCA